AUGGAGGCGGAGAGCUCGGCCCGUUUUGGCCAGGGCGUCGUGGCAACUGGUCCCGUGCACCCCGGCAGCGGCGCCCAGGUGAUCCCGGCCGCGCGCGUGAUUGCUAGCAUGGGCUCGCUCGUGGCUGGGGUAGUUGGCAUGCCGGCGGCGGCCGGAUUCGUCCUGCCCGCGGGGUCCCUUACGUCCGCCGGAUACUGCGCCGUCCCCAACGCCCUGCGCACGGCGCUCCACCAGGCUGCGGUGGCUGGGCUGCCCCGGACCGGAGGCGGCAACGGCGAGAGGGCACCGCGGCAGAAGGGCCCCUGGACCGCCGAAGAGGACGACAUUCUCAAGGACAUGGUGAGGAAGCACGGCGACCGGAAGUGGACUGCGAUUGCCCGGCACCUCCCCGGCCGGGUCGGGAAGCAGUGCCGCGAGCGAUGGACCAACCACCUGCGCCCCGACAUCAAGAAAAGCAUCUGGACCGAGGAGGACGACAAGGCGCUGAUCGAGGCGCACAAGUCCAACGGGAACCGCUGGUCGGUGAUCGCGAGGUUCCUCCCCGGGCGGUCGGAGAACGCCGUCAAGAACCACUGGAACGCCACCAAGCGAAGCCUCAAGGCCAAGCGCCGUUUGAAGAAGAAGAAGAACGCUCAGGCGCUUCCCGGCCAAUGCUCCAUCCUGGAAGUGUACAUCCGCGGCUUGUACCCUGCAGCCGCUGACCCCGCCGCGCCGCCGCCGGUUUCACCUCCAUCUUACAGCAACCUUGGGUAUGGUGAGGUAGUCAGUACACCUGCCGUCACUGUGACGCCGGCCAGCUUCGACCCGACGGGGAUGCGGAUGUACCUCAACGCCGCCAACUCGUCCGCGGAAUCGUCCAACCUGGGGGCGAUGAACAUGAACGACGUGCCCUUCUUGCUCGACCUCAACACCUAUUACGGCAGGCCGGUGCAGGCGAUGGCAUCAGUGAGGCCUCAGAUGCUGGGUCAAGACCAGAGGGCUUCCUACGCCAACCUGAUGAGCUACCCGUUCGUUGACAACUUCGUGUGGCAGCAAUCGUCAGUCCAUGUGAACGCCAAUGCUGAUGCAGGUCGCAACUACGGCGAGGCAGCUGAUCACCUAGGCAGCGCAGACGGCAGCGGCGGCGCGGACGAGGUCGACGUGGUCCAGAUGGCCUCGAGGGAGUUCCUGACUCCGUCGGAAGGCGAGGCCACUCUCGACCUGGCCAGGUUCAUGUGA